AUGAGCGGGAAGCGAGGCUCAGGUUCCAUCAAUUCUCACACACACGGACAGACAGACGGAUAUGGAUCAGGCACCAGAGUUUCCCUCAGUAACAAACAUGGAGGAGUGCGGCAUCUGUUACCUCGACUUCGGUGCGGGCAGGAAAGCGCAGUCGUUGGCUGCCUGUGGGCACGUGAUGUGUACGAGCUGUCUGCAACACCUGCUGGGCAAGGGCAGCACCGUGACCUGUCCCUACUGCCGCGCUCCUUCCACGUUGCCUAGCGACGACGAGGACGGCUCCUCUGUGGGGUCAGAAAAGGGUCGAGGCCCCAGGAGCUGGUUUAAGAGAUUGUACAAGAAUUCCAGGCGUCGUCACCAAGACAACCUUGCGCAGGAUGACCUCAGACACUUGGCCAUAAUGAGCUCCUACUUCUUCUGAGAAUAUUCCGGACAUGAGAAAAGUCCACUUUCCUUCCGAGACCAUGGAGACGGCACAUUCCUGUUUGGGCCUUAAUCUUCAUCCACUGCUGGGACAUGUGAUUCCUAAUGGUGGGAGGAGCCAAGUGAUUACUUGGUGGCAUCUCAGUAACAUUCCAGUGGCUUCUGUAGGUCCAUGCAGUGCAUUCUGGGACAAUGGGACCUUUACUUCCACCGCUGGCGGUGACUGGUUUAUUUAUAUUAUUAUGAAGCUCUGUCUGUUGUCACAGUGCUAUGUGCACAUUCUUAUUAUUAUUAUUAGUGAUAAGUGAUUGUAAUAAGAUAUUAUUAUUAUCAUUGGCGAGCUUGAGAAAUCGAGCGCAAGCCUCUGAGGUUGGACAGGGCACAUAUCUAAUGUACCUACUCAAAUACACUCGUCAAUAGGCUUCUGUGUUGAGUGAAAUAAAGCUGUUUUGUAUAUGA